CAAGAUAAAUGUGCGUGAUAAGUUUAUUUUGUAAAAAUUCAUUUUGCCUCGCAUUGAUCUUUUGAAUUAUUACAGAUUAUCUUAGAAUAUACUCAGGAGAUGAUUCACCAAUGUAUACAUGAACAAUCCUGCCAAGCUCAAGGAACAAUUUCUUAAACUGAUUGAAUUUUACAAAAACUUUCUCCAGUCUUCACUCAACGGCGAUACAUGUACCCACGUUUGCCCAUUGUUGAAUUAAACUUCCCACAAAAAAUUCGAAUGUACACUCAACAAUCACGAUCGUGAUCCAUGAAAACAAAAGCCGCGCUAGGUCUAGUACAAUUUAGUUUAUGAAUGUCAGUGGUUGUAGCUGGGUUGAAGUCUCUCGUGUGUGUUGAAAAAUAAUUCAAGAAGCGUCAAAUAAAAUAUUUAUGCGACGUAACCAAUUGGUAAACGAUAAUUGAACUUCUUUUCAAAGAGAAAUCAGAAAUCAGACGAUCAGACGUAAAAAUGGCACACUGGUUCCAUCGCAACGUUUUGAAAGCGACGAAUUAUCAUAAGUUUGAAGUUAAACUGACGGAGCCCACAGAGGCAACAAAAAAACUUUGCAGUGACUUAAAAUUAUCCAGAAGUCGUCUGUUAGACUUGAUAAGGGAUGCAAAUAAUACAAGUGACACGAUCGAAACAGCUUUCUCAGCCUAUCUCAGUUUGCUGUAUGGAUUAAUCUGGGAGAUCCAACCAUCUACUCCUCAAUCUGAACAUGUCGGUAGAUACGAUUCUAGUAAAUUACGAAACAUUUUCAUAUUCAAAUGGAGUCACACACUGCUCGGUUCUCUUAGCCAUUCUUGUACAGAUUCUGUUUAUGAAGCAGCCAAUAUGAGUAUAAAUAUAGGUAUAUGGUUCAUGAAACAUGCUGCAAUGAUUGCUGGAAAAGACGACAUAAGUAUGGAUGAAGCCAAGGAGGUUCAUGGCUUGAUGAGAAGAGCUGCAGGAAUUUUUACUUUUGUACAGAUUGAAUUUCUGCCGCAACUGGCAAACCCCCCCGUUCUGGGAAGUGACCUGGAUCCACGGGUAAUCAAUGCAUACAUCAACCAAUGCACUGCUGAAGCACAAGAAGUGACAGUUGCUAGAGCCGUAGAGUUGAAACAUAACAACAAUUUGAUAUCUGCUUUGGCAAACGAAACCAGCAAACUUUUCCUCGACGCAGCUAAUACUUUGCGUCCCUUCAAGCCAGACAUUUCAGCUCAAUGGAUAAAAUAUCUGGAACUAAAAGCAGCCUUUUACCAAUCUUACGCGUAUAUUUAUUGUGGGGAAAACCUCUUGUCAAUGGAUAAAUGUGGAGAGGCAAUAAAGGCCCUUGAAGAGAGCGAAAAAUCUUUGAAACAGGCAAAAGUUUUGUGCCAGGAAUAUGGGAAGACGCAUGGCCCAGCGCCAAGGGUUAAGCCUGACCAACAUGGUGUAUUCAAACGAUUGGCUCCGCUGGUGAAAAUCACGCUCGAUAAAUGUAACAGAGAAAAUGGUUUCAUUUACCAUCACAAGGUGCCUGGGGAUGUACCUACCCUUGAGACGAAAGCUACGUACGGUUUGGUUAGUCCGGUAAAUUUUACUAUGCCAGCUCCUAGUCCUCUCUGGACUGUACCCAUGUAUCGAACCUUUAUUGGGACAGCAGCACCGAGUGAUACGCGAGAACAUGAUUUACCACCAGUUCGAGAAGAGGCCGUCCAUCAGAGUAUCAAAGAACCUAAAAAUGAGAGUGGCUGUUCACUGCAGUAAGGAUGAAAGAGCUGCGACACGUUUAAAACCUAUUUACGGUUAAUGUUUUUUCCAUCAUUUAUAUAGAUAUUUCUUUAUCUAAACAGUUAAUUUAAUUCAGCAGUAAUUAUAGUUACACUAAUAAUUUAAGUUAUAUUUAUCGCUGCGGCCGAGCUAUGCCUGAUUUGAAUUAACAAUGCAUGCUACACAGCUUCUAGAACUAAUUGAAAUAAUGUAUAAAUACUUUAAAACAUUAUUCUUGGAUAUUUCGGGAAUCUAAUAAUCUAACAACAGUUUUUGACCACUAACUGGUCUUUGAGAUGAAUACCAUUCAUCUACCGCCUCUACAAUAAGUGAAUAAGAAAUAACAACCCAUUUGAUCUAGUCAACACCCUCGCCCGGGAGGUGUAUUUUCUAAAAAUAUAACUUCCCUGACAAAUGAUAUUUAUAUUGAAGGGAAAAAGAAAAUAAAUGGAGAAGAAAUUAUUCGAAUGUUGAAAGAUGUAUAUAUAUACGUGUUAAUAUUCACACCUAAAUACAAAUUUAUAUAAACAUGUUAGACAUGUA